AUGAAUAAUAGAGAUCAGGAUCAAGAAUUUUUGGAGGAGCUACUUCGUCAAAGUAGAACCAGUAUGCCAAAGGAUGAGAACGAUAUGGUGAAUGUCCAUAUUUUAGGGCAACAUGGUAUUUUCCAGGAACAAAAUUCUCAUCCUAACCAAAAUAAUGAUGUCAUCAAUAACAACAGCAACAACAUCAAUCUCAUCAAUAAUAAUAGAAAUAUGAAUGAUGAAGAUGCGUAUAUGGACGAUUAUGGAAAUAUGCCACAUCAAGUUCCAAACAACACAAUCAACAAUGGUAAUAAUGAUAAUUAUCCAAAUCAACAACAUAAUGUAGGUAUGACUCAAUUCUUGGAUGAUAUAUUCGCAUCUGGUGAGUUGGAUUUAUCUGGUGCAGGCCCCUUUGAUGCAAGAUCAGGUAACCAUCACCAGAAUUCGAUUUCUUAUGAUACUGAUAGCAAUCAUAUGCCUGCUCUAACUGAAUUGCCUCAAGAUUUUUUAUUCAACCAAAGAGAUGAAUUACAAUACAAUUAUCCCGAUGAAUUCAGUUCUUCUUUUAGCUCAAGUUUAAAUUCAGAUGCCUUAUCGUCAAGCUAUUCAUCUUCAGUUCCAUAUCAACAACCGUUCGUGGGACCACCAACGUCACAGUCAAAUACGUCCAAUUAUCUAAAUUCGAUAAGAUCACCAAGCAACUCAUUGAGGGCUGGGAACUACUUAUCAUCGUCGCUACGACAAAACAGCAACAUGAUGACUCCAAAUUCAGUGGCUUCUCCUUCUACAAGACAUGCAUCUGUGAGUAAUCAAGAUAGCAUGAAUAUGGUAUCUGGGGGCACACCUAAAUCUUUGGCACAUUUGACCAUCGAUGAAAGAUUGAAAAGAAAAAGAGAGUUUCAUAACGCUGUCGAAAGAAGAAGACGUGAAUUGAUAAAAGAGAAAAUUAAAGAAUUAGGUAAGCUGGUCCCUCCUUCUUUAUUACACUAUGAUUCAGCAGGGAAAAAAGUGAAAGCAAAUAAGGGAACUAUUUUGAAUAAAACUGUUGAAUACAUUUCUUACUUACAAGAAAUUUUGGAAGUACAAGAUAAGAAAAAGGAGAAGUUAAUAAGGAAAAUUAAGGAAUUAGAAGAAAACACAAUUCCAGGAAACAUGAACAACCGUAAUGAAUUCAAUGAGAGCGGAAGGACUGCACCAGAUCUCUCAGCGAAUGUUGGUACUAAAAAUGACCCAUUUGCUAAUGACAGGAUAAUAGAUACAAGAUCAGGAGUAAUCAAAAAUGAAUUCACAGGCAACAAUACAUAUAAAGGUUCUCCUGGAAGUAACUAUGAGGGUAAGAAUUUCGAAGAUGAUCAAUUGAAUUCAGAAUUAAAAGAAUUCCUAUUGGGGGCAAUGAUUGAAGCGGAAGAUAACGCAAAAUUAAUGUUCAACAACGGGAAAAAUGAAGGAACCCCAACAGAUCUGCUUCUUGAAUUCGAGUGA